UUAUAAUAGCGCCACCUCUGAAAGAAUGAAUGAAUGAACAAGUUCUCUAAUCUUUAAUUAGCUUGGAAAAGUUCUGGGCUUUUUCAGUUUCAGACUUUCCACGCUUCUUUCUCAAGUGUGUAAGAAUCCACGCGUAUUGUAGAAGUGAUUUGAAAGGGAGUGGUGCAAUUGGGUCUCUGUCAAACUAGGCUUUUUGCUCACAGGCUUCUUGUUGUCUUUUUGAAAUGUGCAUUAUUCUUUAAGUGGGCGUGGGCUUCUUCGUUUAAGUGUUUUUUUCCCUGAUUGGGAGAUCUAGAGUUUGUUUCAACUUCAAGCCUGUUUUGUGAUAUGGGUAGCGGCAAGGAUAAAGAGAAGGACAGUGGUGGAGCGUCUGGGAUUUUGCCCAACUGUAUGGAGACUAAAGUUUUGAUGGGGACAAUUUUAGUUAUGGGAGUAAUGCUCAUCACGGGCCAGUUUUUGCCUUUUGGUGGGUUCGGAUUUGGCAGUAGAUCAUGUGAUAAACUGGCAGAGACCUUUCUGCAGGAAGGGUCCUCAAGCGUCAGGGCUUACAGUCUGGAUAUCAGAACCACAGGGCUCAAGAAGCAGGCUCUGGAGCCAAGUAAUGUUACUGUAAUCAGUAAUGUUACUGCAAUCAGUAAUGUUACUGUUAAUGGUGGUGAGGCUGCUAAAUCUGAGGAGAAGGAGGAGGAAAAGAAUGUGAUUGAGGAGGAGGAGGAGGAAAAGAAUGUGACUAAGAGGGUAUUUAGGCCUUAUGGCAAUGCUGCAUACUUGUUUAUCCAGAUGAGUGCUUACAGAGGUGGUGAGAGUACUUUUGCUGUGGUUGGACUGGCAUCUAAGCCAAUUCAUGUUUAUGGGAAGCCUGGGUUUGAAUGUGAAUGGAUCCCCAAGAAUUCGACCCUGGGACCUGUGAAAGGGAAGACUUAUAAGAUGCUGCCUGAUUGGGGCUAUGGCAGGGUCUAUACUGUAGUGGUGGUUAACUGCUCUUUUGAGGAGCCUGUGGGUGCUGAUGGAGGAGGAGGGCAGCUCAUUCUUUAUGCCAACAAUGGCGAGGAUUUCGAGCACCCUGAGCGAAUUGUGGCUCUCACAGAAAAAGAAAAUGCUUAUAAUGCCAGUCUUUUCACUGCACCUCCCCGCUAUAAUUAUCUUUACUGCGGGUCGUCUUUGUAUGGAAAUCUGAGCCCACAGAGAAUGAGGGAGUGGAUGGCUUAUCAUGUUAAAUUCUUUGGGCCUCGAUCCCACUUUGUUUUCCAUGAUGCUGGAGGUGUGCAUGAGGAGGUUAGGAAAGUUCUGGAGCCAUGGAUUGCAGCUGGGCGUGUGACGUUGCAGGAUAUCAGAGAGCAGGAAAGGUUUGAUGGGUAUUACCAUAACCAGUUCUUGAUUGUUAAUGAUUGUUUGCACAGAUACAAGUUCUUGGCAAAUUGGACAUUCUAUUUUGAUGUGGACGAGUUUAUGUAUAUUCCGAAGGGGAAGAGUAUAGAGUCCGUGGUUAAGCAGUUUGAUAAUUACACGCAGUUCACCAUCGAGCAGUAUCCCAUGUCCAAUAAGCUCUGCCUGGAGCGCGACGGUUCAAGGCCAUUGUACAGAGACUGGGGCAUAGAGAAGCUGGUAUUCAAGGAUGUGAAGAAGGGCAUCAGAAGGGAUAGGAAAUAUGCCAUUCAAUCCAGAAAUGCCUAUGCUACAGGGGUUCACAUGUCAGAGAACAUCAUAGGCAAAUCACAGCACCAGACUGUGGGCAAAAUCCGUUAUUACCAUUAUCAUGGCACCAUUUCUAGCAGAGCAGAGCCCUGCAGGCAGUUUGUGAAGCCCUCCAUGAAAGACAACAUCACAAUGGUCGAUGGAAUUCCAUAUACAUAUGAUGGUACUCUAAAAGACAUUGCUGGAACCAUCAAAAAGUUCGAGUUACAGCAAAUCGGACCUCUGCUCACACAUACUCGACAAUGACAGUACAGAGAACGAGCUGCUAUGAAAUAAAUCAGACGAUUAUCAUUAUGUUAAGAUCAUUAUCUUAAUCACCAUUCUUUCUAUUCGUUAUGUUGUGCUCUUACCAAUCGAUUCUCACCUUAAAACUUUUGGUUUUACAUUCCAUGCUCUGUAAAUAGUGAAGGACAAGGGAGAAUCAUAUGUGUGGAGCAAUGUACACCGGCCAUUUUAUUGCUGCUGUUUAUUUAUUCCCUCUUUUUUUCUCUGGCCCAAAAGAUCUACAGUGGUAUGGAAUAUUCUUAUUUAAUUUA